CGAAUUCCAUUUUUAGACAAAUUUAGCCGGCAACGGAUACACAUAUUUUUCAAAUUUAAGUCAGUAUAUAAAUACUACAGAAUUCUCUUCAUUAAUUCAUAUCUUAAUCCAUUUACUUAAUCCUCAGCUUCAUUAACUCAAACGACGAUGGAUUACAAAAUUCUCUUCAUUAUUCUUGUCACGAUAGUAUCUAUACAAAUGAGAUUUAGUACAGCACGCGAACCAUUUGCCUGUGAUCCAAAAGCUGCAAUGACAAAGAAUUUGACGUUUUGCAAAACGACAUUGCCGAUACAGGCUAGAGUAAAGGACAUUCUUAGUCGUUUAACAUUGCAAGAGAAAAUUACAUCAUUAAUCAACACUGCUGCACCAAUUCCACGUCUAGGAAUUGAAAAAUAUGAAUGGUGGUCUGAAGCGCUUCACGGUGUUUCAAAUGUGGGUCCCGGGACCAAGUUUGGUGGGGCCUUCCCUGGGGCCACCAGCUUCCCUCAAGUCAUCACUACUGCUUCCUCAUUCAAUGCCACCUUAUGGGAGAAAAUUGGACAGGUGGUUUCGGAUGAAGCAAGAGCAAUGUACAAUGGAGGAAUGGGAGGGCUAACAUAUUGGAGUCCAAAUGUGAAUAUAUUUAGAGAUCCUAGAUGGGGAAGAGGACAGGAGACACCUGGCGAAGAUCCUCUAGUCACUGGUGUAUAUGCAGUUAGCUACGUCCGCGGUCUUCAAGGGUAUGAUCGCAACAAAUUGAAAGUUGCUGCAUGCUGCAAGCAUUUCACAGCUUAUGACUUAGAUAACUGGAAUGGAGUCGAUCGUUUUCAUUUUAAUGCUUCUGUGAGCAAGCAAGAACUGGAGGAUACGUAUAAUGUGCCGUUCAAGAUGUGUGUAGAACAAGGUAAGGUGGCGAGUGUAAUGUGCUCGUAUAAUCAGGUUAACGGAGUUCCAACUUGCGCUGAUCGUAAUCUCUGGACUGAAACCGUACGUAAUAAAUGGAAUCUUUACGGCUAUGUUGUCUCCGACUGUGACUCCGUCGGAGUUCUGUUCGAUCAGCAACACUACACAAAAACACCCGAAGAAGCUGCAGCCAUUUCUAUCAAAGCAGGUUUGAAUUUGGACUGUGGCCCAUUCUUAGCGCUUCACACUGAGAAUGCAAUCAAGCAAAAUUUGGUAAAAGUAGAAGACGUAGAUUCUGCAUUAGGGUAUUUACUUACAACGCAAAUUAGAUUAGGUAUGUUCGACGGCGAGCCAUCGGUUCAGAAAUAUGGCCAAUUAGGUUCGAAAGAUGUGUGCACUCAGGCUCAUCAGGAUCUUGCACUUGAAGCCGCUAGACAAGGGAUUGUGCUUUUGAAGAAUCUCAACGCUACAUUGCCUUUAUCCUCUCGCACCCAUCGUACUGUCGCCGUUAUUGGUCCUAACUCUAAUGUUACCGUUACCAUGAUCGGCAAUUAUGCUGGAAUUGCAUGCGGGUAUACUACGCCACUCCAGGGAAUAAGUACGUACGCCGAGACGAUUUACCAAACGGGGUGUAACGGUACGGCGUGUGGUAGUGACGCCCAAUUUGGCGGAGCGGUUGAUGCGGCGCGGCAAGCGGAGGCAACGGUGUUAGUAAUGGGUUUGGAUCAGUCUUUUGAGCAAGAAAUGAGGGACAGAGUUGAUGUUCUUCUACCUGGUCAUCAGCAGGAUUUGAUCUCUAGAGUUGCUAAUGCUUCGAAAGGCCCAGUUAUAUUAGUGCUGAUGUCUGGUGGCCCAAUUGAUGUUUCUUUUGCUGAAAAUGAUCCAAGAAUUUCUGCUAUUUUAUGGGCCGGUUAUCCGGGCCAAGCUGGUGGAGCUGCCAUUGCUGAUGUGUUGUUUGGCACCACUAAUCCAGGAGGAAAGCUAUCUGUAACAUGGUACCCCCAAGACUAUCUUGCAAAGGUACCAAUGACAAACAUGGCAAUGAGACAGUCAACUAACUACCCAGGACGAACCUACAGGUUCUACAACGGACCAGUAGUGUACCCAUUUGGACACGGCUUAACCUACACAAAAUUUCUUCACAAACCCGCAAAAAUUCCAUCAGAGAUUAAGGUUUCAAUCAACGGUCACCACCGCAACCGGAAUCUCUCAUCAAUGACAAGAAAAUCCGUCCUACUUAAGAAUGCCAAAUGUAAAAAUCUUUUAUUGAAUAUAGACGUAGAUGUGAAAAAUGUAGGAUCGGUAUACGGGACAGAGACGCUAUUAGUCUUCUCAACGCCUCCGUCAAGUAUAGUCGGAGCGCCGCUGAAGCAGCUGGUGGCGUUUGAGAAAGUGGGAGUCGCCGCUAUGAGCGAAAGAAGAGUGAGGAUUAAGAUAAAUGUGUGCGACCGUAUGAGCAUUGUUGAUAAGUCUGGAAAUGCAAGACUUGCAUUGGGUCAAUAUUUGAUUUCCAUUGGUGACAUUAAGCAUUCUGUUUCAAUUGUACCAUAUUAAUUAAUAAUAAAAUUUAAUUCAUCA